AUGUAUGAAAUCUUGGUUUUGAUAGAUUUCCAGAAGAAGCAGCCAGACGAUGACUCUACUCCCAGCACAAGCAACAGCCAGUCAGAUUUGUUCUCUGGAGAAACGAACAGUGACAACAGCAAUACCUCUCUAACCACGCAGGCCGCUAACUCCAACCAGCAACUUUUGACAGAACUGAAUGUAACUUCACCGAGCAAAGAGGAAUGUGGGCCAUGCACAGGUACAGCUCAUGCCUCGUUAACCACACCAACCAAAAGAUCUUGCGACUCAGAUUCACAGUCGGAGAGUGAGGCUUCUCCUGUGAAACGGCCACGGCUACUGGAUGACAGUAAUGACAGGCCUGAAGAAACCAGUCGAUCCAAACAGAAGAGUAGACGCCGAUGCUUCCAGUGCCAAACAAAACUGGAGCUAGUACAGCAGGAACUGGGAUCAUGUCGCUGUGGUUAUGUGUUCUGUAUGUUACAUCGCCUGCCUGAACAACAUGACUGCACAUUUGACCACAUGGGACGUGGGCGUGAGGAAGCCAUUAUGAAAAUGGUGAAACUGGAUCGGAAAGUAGGGAGAUCUUGCCAACGCAUUGGCGAAGGAUGUUCCUGAGUGCAAGACUGCAACCAAAUGCUGUUCUCUUAGUUCACUAAUGUUAGCCUUAUUUAGGACAAAGUCAGCCAGACACCUUGUACUAGGCAAGUUUCAGACUACAGCCAAUCAGUUUCCUUUCUUUAGCCAACCGUCCUGGUACUGUAGUUUAGGGGUUGAUGGUGGUUGAAAUUGAUUUCUGGCUGGUUACUAAGGUGCCUGCUAGCCACCGUAUAAAAAUAAAACAUGAAGAAAUAUUAUUUUUGAGCAUGGCUAGUGGAUUUAAACAAAACAAGAAAAAUCCAAAGGCUUCUGUUAUUGCUGGAGUCACUCUAAAAGCCUUACGCUGGAAACAUUCCAGCUGCAGAAUUAAAACAAAUAGUUGUAUAGAACCUGGUGUAAAAGUUUGCUAUGCACAUGGCUUUCGGACAAACUGUUUAAUGUGCAGCCUUUCACCUCUUCACUGCUAGUGAAUCCUGGGGAGGUGAAAUACUACUAAAAGCAGCAACUGCAGCUGCUUGAGCCCAGAAGACCUGACUGGUCACUCGUGCCUUCAUCGCGUGUGGCUUUUGAGUUAGGCAGUGUCACCAGCAUCAGGGAUUCUGUUGGGGUAGGAACAUCUUUCUGGUUCUUCCCAGGAAGCCAAAAAGAAAGGGGGGACAGAGAUUCUUAUGAAAAAUUUUUAUAUCUAUCUUACUAUAAAGAACCUAUCAGGGUUUUUUUUUUCUUUCUUUCUUUCUUCUCAGUUAAAUUAUGAUCUCACUUUAGAGCCAACUCCAUCCCAGAGCAGUAAAUGGUGCAUACUUUCCACAUGGCAUCCACAGAGAUUCUACGAGUUGUGUGAACCGAUUCCACAUACCUUGAGCAGUGCAGCCAUUCCCACCGGCCGAAACCUGAUUGGCUCUUGUUUGCCUUUUGCUAAGUGCAGGUAUCUGAUAAUUGAUCAAAUAAGGCUAAUUCACAGCACAGUAGCCAUGGCUGGAUUCUACAGACUGACUUUCUGUAGCUAGACUUAUAUAUUGGGGAAAAAAAGGACAUUUUGUAGCAAACGGAAUUCAGUAACAGUAUUGGGGAACAACUGGUAAAAACACCCUUUAUGAGAUUGAGUUUGUGUUCCUCACUUCCAGAGUGUCAAUGAGAUAAUCAAAUGGGCUAUAUCGGCCCCCUUUCUAUGCAGCUGAACGCUCUCAUGAAAAUCUCUGCCCACAUCUAUUGCAAAGCAAGUAUAGCAAGUGAAUGUGAAAAGCAUUACAUGGAGUAGAAUGUUUUGGAUCUGUUUAGACCUAUGGUUCUGUAUUAUGGUAUGUCACGUUGAGCUGAGCUGAACUGAAUUGCACCAGUCUUGUCAGUUUGGAAACAGAAAAGCAAACAUAAUUAUCAAUCGGCAUGUCUCCUGCUGCACACGGGGUUUAUGCAGGUAAAAAAGGAUUUGUACUGAUGUGGCCCAGCUUAAUCCUGUGUGAAUUUAGCUUCUCAGUCUAUUAGUAGGGUAUUAACAAUCAGGCAAAUUUGUAAGAAAACCUGAGGGAGGGAAAGAUUUUUGUCUCCAAAUACUGGGCAGAUAGAUAAAAAACAUCAGAGGGGUGAAAUAACGUGUCAUUUUGAAAAACCCCAGCAUUUUGGGAGUAAGCUUGUGUGAGUCAUCCUCCAUUCUACUUGUUACAGGUAACUAACUCCUUAUAGGCCAAGUUAUAUUUUUACUUUGGUAGCCAGCUAGGAGCAUUUAACAAGGAGACAACUAAUUUAAAAAAAAAAAAAAAAAAAAAAAGAAUAUAUAUAUGUCUCUCCAUACACACACUCAGCAUCUGACUGUAUUAGCAUUAAUUAACCAUGAAGCAAAUCAGAAGUGUCCCAUCAUUAUAAAAUGCAAGCUAUUCAAAAGGCAAGCUGUUUGGUUUUUUUUUUUAGUAUUGUUAUUAUUCAAGAAUAUGAAACCAGCAGCAAAAUCUUCUGUCAUGUGCUGCAUUUUCAGGAAAUGGCCCUGGUGAGAGGGACUGUCCAUGGAUAUUAUUUACAUUUGCUGUGAGGAGUUUAAAAAAAACAUGGAUUUUGGUGGCUGCUGUGAUACGCACUUUCUUUUCCUACAAAAUUCUAUCAUAGCAUUUGAUGGGCAUUCUGAUUGAUACACAAGACUUUUCUGCAUUAAUACUGAAGAUGCUUUUUUGUUCUCCUUAAUAUUCUCUUUAAUCUCGUUACAAGUGCACAGAUGGUUUCAAGGUGGCUCUUGAGAGAACACUACUUAAAGUUCAUGUGAAUUAUGGACAAUGUUCACUUUAAACAAAAAAGUUGGGGAGGGGGUUGUUCCUUUGCAGUAUCUGUUCUGUGAAGUUUGUUAAACGUAAAGAAAGCUUAAGUUCUUGUAUCUUAAAAGAAGAUCUUAUUUAACCCUUUUGUGUUCUAGAUUUACUUACUCAUGUAGCCUAGAGCUCAGUUUUAGUUUAACAUUGUGAAAAUAUUAAAAGAAUCUUGUAACUUUAUUCUUUUUCCUCCUGCUAAAAAAAAAUUAAACCAAUCAGAUUAAAGUUUGAAUUCCUUUCUGCCUA